AUGCGAAAAGCCCCUGUUCUACCUUUCUUCCCCACGAGAGUACAGAAGCCCACCGCCCAUAAUCUCACAUCCCGAAAGGCCUGGUCACCAGAAGAAGACAAGACAAUUGUUCAGCUUCGAAAUCAACGUGUUGGAUGGUUAUCCAUCAGCAAGCAUUUUAAUGAGAGAAGCCCUACUGCUUGCCGUCUCCGUUAUCAAAAUUAUUUGGAGCGAUGGGACAAUUGGGACGACGAAAAGAAAACCCAGUUGGCGCGACAGUAUCUUAGACAUGGAUCGGGUUUAUGGUUAAGAAUAGCUAAGAGUAUGGAUGUUCCGCCGCGCGCAGCAGAGGGUAUGUUUUGGGAGCUAGGGGAUAAGGAGAUCGCUCGCCGCGCCGGAACUAUAUUCUCCUCACAUCGUCCCGAGAAUUCUUCAUCUUGCGUUAGCAUCCAAAGUGAGAGCUUUUCUGUCAGUGACAUGUCAGAGAGGAGCGGCGGGACGGUUUUUAACAAGAAGCCAAUCAUUCAACUUCCCUCGCUAAAGGAUGUACUUUCAAACCUUUCUGCAUGUCCAAUGGCGAACCAGCUUCCAGCAAUCCAGUCUUCGUUAAGUUGA